AUGUCUUUGACAACAAGCGACAAUGGCCAUGAAUGUUCCGGGAGGGCCUCAGGGCUAAACAGCACCAGGAGGUCCAAGGAGAUACCAGAAAGGUCAGAGGUCAGGGAGGAGGUCCAAGGAGACACCAGAGAGGUCAGGAGGAGGUCCAAGGACACACCAGAGAGGUCAGGAGGAGGUCCAAGGAGACACCAGAGAGGUCAGGAGGAGGUCCAAGGAGACACCAGUGAGGUAGGAGGAGGUCCAAGGAGACACCAGAGAGGUCAGGAGGAGGUCCAAGGAGACACCAGUGAGGUAGGAGGAGGUCCAAGGAGACACCAGAGAGGUCAGGAGGAGGUCCAAGGAGACACCAGAGCGGUCAGGGAGGAGGUCCAAGGAGACAUCAGAGAGGUCAGGGAGGAAGUCCAAGGAGACACCAGAGCAUUUAGAGGUCAGGGAGGAGGUCCAAGGAGACACCAGAGAGGUUAUAGGUCAGGGAGGAGGUCCAAGGAGACACCAGAGCGGUUUGAGGUCAGGGAGGAGGUCCAAGGAGACACCAGAGAGCCACAGACAGAACACAGGGACCAGCUGGACUCCACUCUGCAGAGACCCCCGAGAACUGCUGCUUUCACCCAACAGCUCAGCGAAUUGGUGGUUGAUGGAGUUUGUGCGGCGGACUGGAGACUACUGUCACGCUCAACACAUCUGAAGCAGAGGAGGAUGUCAGCACGAAGCUCGGAGCGCUGA